AUGCUCUGCCCUCCAGAUGUUGCAUUCGAAAAGCGGCACUUCAAGAGGAGAGAUGGAAACAAAGUUGUCCCUCCAUCUAUAGCCCUUGUUGCCGGUUUGGAAUCUGGAUUCUUAUUUAAGUUGUCGGCUGUGGAGGAUGUCGCGCGUCGAGGCCAGUUUCCAGGCUUGCUAACAGAAGAUGAAUUUUUGCUGAUGUGUGAAGAGAGUGAGCACAUUCGGGACGCAUACGCAAUGGCGAAGCACCUUGUUGCCCUCGCCCCUGAUGGCAUUUUUACCCGCGCCACACUUCAGGAAACCGCUGGAAAGGUUGGUUCCACUCAAGACACACUCAGUGUUGAAGAGGUCGAUGCGCUUUUUAACGCACUGGACUCGGAUAACCGGGGAUACGUGUCAGUGGAUGAGUUUAUGGAUGCGCUGUAUGGUGAAGAAGGGAGAGAGGCUAUGAGAGAAAUAAGGAGGGAAUACAUGCGACGGAAAAUUGAGGUUGAGGGCGAGCCCAUCGUGGAGGAUGAGGCCAACCCCGAAGCCGACGCGGAAGCUGAGGCAGAAGCGGAAGCAAGAGCAAGGGCAGAGGCAGAAGCGGAAGCAAGGGCAGAGGCAGAAGCAAGAGCAAGGGCAGAGGCAGAAGCGAGAGCAAGGGCAGAGGCAGAAGCAAGAGCAAGGGCAGAAGCGGAAGCGAGAGCGAGGGCGGAGGCUCAGCGCCCACCGCCACCGAAGCAAAAGGCAGGUUGCGGGUGCUAA